AUGUCCGCCAACGACUACACCAACUUUCCGCCAGGGACGCAUCUGUUGAAUGACCGUAUGACCCUCAUACAUUUGCUUCUUCAUACAAGAUCUAACUUUGAUACAGACAACAGUAAUGGAAACGGGAAGGAUAUUGUUCUCAAUCCUACACCUUCAGAUGACCCUGAAGAUCCAUUGAACUGGUCCACCCUGAGAAAAACACUGAACUUCGGACUCACUUGUACAUAUGUCUUGUUCACCUUUGUUCUGCUUGACCUCGGCAAUGUCUUAUUACCUUUCUACGAAGGGAAGGUGCCAGGGGUGCCAGGGCAACUGAAUUUGAGCUUGGGUGAAGUCACUCGAGCCAGCGGUGCCUCAUACGCAGGCCUCGCACUAGGAUGUCUUUUCACUAUUCCCUGUGUGCACAAAUUUGGCCGGCGACCUCUUUACCUGUUAAGCGCGGUGCUUCAAUUUGCCUGCGCAAUCUGGUAUGCCAAAUUCAAAUCUGCCGGCGAAAUGGCCGCCAUUGGCUUGCUGGCUGGUCUUGGAGGCUCAGUAAGCGAGGCUAUUGUGAUGAUCACCGUUGUUGACCUGUUUUUCGUGCACCAACACGCUCGUAUGAACGGCCUCUUCCUCUUCAUGCAGGCAUUAGGUGCACUUGGUGGUCCCAUCGCCGCGGGAUACAUACUGCUGUCUAUGCAGUGGCGAUGGGUAUGGUGGAUCACCGCGAUCAUCCUGGGUGUCAAUCUGCUGCUCGUUGUAUUCUUCUUUGAAGAAUCCAAGUACGUUCCGCGAUCGAGGCCGACUGCCAACAAACUGCACAAAGGAGAUGGGCAUUCAGAUGUCAGUGGUGCCUCAUCAUCUGAUAGUGUUGAGAGAAUAAACGGCAACGAGCAGUCCCGAUCUGGCUCAAAUGUGGAAUCUCAGACCUACCCCCGUAAAACUUACUUUCAACGCCUUGCACUGGUGACGAAGAGCGAUAUUCCAAUCCUGAAGAACCUUUACCGACCUCUGGUUGCACCUUUCAUGUUUCCUGCUGUUUUAUCUGCCGCAUUGCAAUACGGCAUUAUCCAGGCAUGGUUUUCUGUCACUACAACGGCUGGAGCCCAACUCUUACCAAAACCACCUUACAAUUUCAAAGCGAACGAGAUUGGCUUAUACAAUAUCGGAGGCUUCAUUGGCUCACUUAUCGCUACAUUCACUGUAUCUUUCCUCAGCGAUUGGCUUGCUGUUUGGCAAUCACGCCGCAACAAGGGUGUCUUCGAGCCAGAGAUGCGUUUGUGGCUACUUUUCCCUGCCAUUCUGUUUACCUCCAUUGGCUCGUGGGUUUACGGUAUCGGACUUAAUCGGGGCUGGCACUGGGCUAUCCUUGCCGUUGGCAAUGGAAUAUUCGGCUUUGGAUUCAUGGUCACUGCAGAUGUCGCUUUGACGUACCUAACAGAUUCUUAUCCCAUGAUCCUUAAUGACACCCUUGUGUCCGUGGUAUUUAUUCGCAAUGCUCUCGCAAUGAUCACCAAGUUUCCAUUUUCAGCUUGGCUGGACGGGAUGGGUGUCCAAAACAUGUUCAUUCUCAUCGGAGUCAUAUCCCUCGCUACUAUGAUUAUGCCCGCUUUACUCAUGGUCUAUGGUAAGCGUGCCAGGAUCCACACUGCACACAAGUAUAUGGAUUACGCUGCCCAUCAGAUAUCCCAGAGAUCAGGCCUUCAGCAGGGAUAG